UCUCUCAGCCAUUUUAUCAGCCGUUAACGCGGCGGGCCCCGCUCUCCGCCGGUCGCGCCGGGACGAGGCGGCCGGGCGAGAUUUUUUCAUGAAUAUUGACCUACUUACCUAGAAACGUUUGAAUUGAAGUUGCAUUAUAGGUCUAAUAGACACUGAAAAAAACCCUAGUCACCAGUGUCAGAGACCUUAAGAAAAAGGCUAUGGCAAAACGUUUAAAAGCUAAACCCAUCUCGGACAAACCUGGAAGCCCCUACCGUGCUGUCAGUCAUCUUGACUCACUAGCAAACAUAAACAUUCCUGGAGCAGACACGCUGGACAAACUGUUUGACCAUGCUUUAGCCAAGUUUGGGAAGAAGGACUGUCUUGGGACCAGAGAAAUACUGAGUGAAGAAAAUGAAAUGCAACCAAAUGGAAAAGUGUUCAAAAAGUUAAUUUUAGGAACUUACAGAUGGUUAUCCUAUGAAGAAGUAAAUGAGAAAGUGAAUCGUUUGGGGAGUGGACUGACUGCCCUGGGACUCACCCCAAAGAGUACUGUUGUCAUAUUCUGCGAGACCCGAGCAGAAUGGAUCAUUGCAGCUUUAACCUGCUUCAAGUACAACUUCCCUCUUGUUACGUUGUAUGCCACCCUGGGUGAAGAGGCAGUUACCUAUGGUCUCAAUGAGUGUGGAGCAUCGUAUCUGGUCACUAGUGUAGAACUUCUGGAGAGCAAGCUUAAGACUGCACUGCCACAGGUCUCCUGUCUUAAACAUAUAAUUUAUGUGGACAAGAAGACUAUCAAUAAAUCAGAAUACCCUGAAAAUAUAGAGAUUCAUAGUAUGCAGACAGUAGAAGAGCUGGGAGCCAAACCAGAAAACUCAAGCAUUCUGCCAAGCAGACCUGUUCCUACAGACUUGGCUUUAGUAAUGUACACCAGUGGCUCUACUGGGAGACCUAAAGGAGUGAUGAUGAUGCAUAAAAACUUAAUAGCUGGAAUGACAGGACAGUGUGAGAGAAUACCUGGACUGGGACCCAAGGAUACUUAUAUUGGUUAUUUGCCUCUGGCCCACGUAUUAGAAUUGACAGCAGAAAUUUCUUGCAUCACUUAUGGCUGCAGAAUUGGCUACUCCUCUCCACUCACGCUAUCGGAUCAGUCAAGUAAAAUUAAGAAGGGAAGCAAAGGAGACUGUACUGUACUGAAGCCUACACUGAUGGCAGCUGUGCCUGAAAUAAUGGACAGAAUUUAUAAAAAUGUUAUGAGUAAAGUUCAAGAGAUGAACUAUAUUCAGAGAACUCUGUUCAAGAUAGGCUAUGACUACAAAUUGGAACAAAUCAAGAGGGGAUAUGAUGCACCUCUAUGUAAUGUAUUAUUGUUUAAAAAAGUAAAGGCACUACUGGGAGGCAAUAUCCGUAUGAUGCUUUCUGGAGGAGCACCACUCUCACCUCAAACACAAAGGUUCAUGAACAUCUGUUUUUGUUGUCCUGUUGGUCAAGGCUAUGGACUAACAGAAACUUGUGGAGCAGGAACAAUUACAGAAGUUGCUGAUUACAGCACUGGCAGAGUUGGAGCUCCCCUUAUUUGCUGUGAAAUAAAACUGAGAGACUGGCAAGAAGGGGGCUAUACUAAUAAAGACAAGCCUAAUCCUAGAGGAGAAAUUGUAAUUGGUGGACCUAAUGUCUCAAUGGGAUAUUUUAAAAAUGAAGAGAAGACAACAGAAGAGUUCUCCAUUGAUGAGAAUGGUCAGAGAUGGUUCUGUACAGGAGAUAUAGGGGAGUUUCAUCCAGAUGGGUGUCUGCAGAUCAUAGAUCGUAAGAAAGACUUGGUAAAACUACAAGCAGGAGAAUACGUAUCUCUGGGCAAAGUAGAGGCAGCACUGAAGAACUGUUCAUUGAUUGACAAUAUCUGUGCUUAUGCCAAAAGUGACCAGUCUUACGUGAUCAGUUUUGUGGUUCCUAACCAGAAGAAGCUGAUGGCAUUAGCUGAGCAGAAAGGCAUCAGUGGAACUUGGGUAGAUAUUUGUAACAAUCCUAUGAUGGAAGCUGAAAUACUGCGAGAGAUUAAAGAAGUGGCAAACAAGAUGAAAUUAGAAAGGUUUGAAAUACCCAUCAAAGUACGAUUAAGCCCUGAACCAUGGACCCCAGAGACUGGGUUAGUAACCGAUGCUUUCAAGCUGAAAAGGAAAGAACUGAAAAACCAUUACCUCAACGACAUCGAAAGAAUGUACGGGGGCAAAUAAACAAUUUACGCUGACCAGACAGUUGUGCAGAUGGUUCCUUCUCAUGCCUCAAUCUUGUAUGUCUCUGUAUACUGUAGAUAUCACAUAUUCAGAAAAUAACACCAAAUGGAUGAAGGUUUCUAUAAUCUCUAUCAAGUACAACAGAAAACAUCUUAAGACUCCAAAUUCUUAAUUACUAGCAGAUUAGACAUUGAUGGUGUUCAUAGAGUUUCAUGUGAUCAUCUACAGUUUUGAGACAGACAUCAUUAUGUGAAGCAGUAUGACCUGGUAAUUUUCUUGUUUCUCUAGCAUAUUCAGACUGCUAGCAACAUCUCUCAACUAAUUCUGAAGUCUGGCCUAUAUUUCAAAGAUUAAAUUUAAUGUAAAUGUGAUGAUUCUUCUGUCAUAAUAAGAUACCUAGCAGGGGAAGGGAAAAAAGAAAGUAUUUAAAGUCUACCCUGCCCUAUUUAAAAACAAAAACAGGACAACAUUAGUCAAGAACUUGCUAGAGAUCACUAAUAACACACUGCUUGAGAAUGGAUUAAUUAUUCUGCACAUCAGUUUGUAUCUUGAAUAUUUACAGUGCCUAAAAAAGAAUAUAAAGUACACUUACUGAAAUGAAGGUGAACUGAAAAGCUUUCUAAAAACAAGUUUCAUUCAAGAGUGCUGGAUUAACUAUUUCAACUUCCAGCUCACCAAAUACGUUUUUACUUGCCACUGUAUUUUAAUGAAAGCAGAGCAUUCCACUAGGGGACACAGCAUGAAAGAAAACAAAGACUUGCACUCCUACAGGAGGUACUGAUGAGGAAUGAUCACCUGAAUGCAGAAUGCAAAACUUGCCUCUUGACUGGCAAACAGUGAAAUUGAUGGCAAUCGUCUCUAAGCAGAUUCAAAAUUCAAGUGAAUUUUGUCAUUUAGUUUGUUGGCUUCUUUGAGGAUUGGUUGGUGGUUGUUUUUAAGGUGCUGAUCCUCUAGAUCUUCACAUACAUUGCAGUAAUAGUACAGGUUACCUGUAUGUAAUUUAGAGGAUCAGGAUCUAAAUGUCUGUAUUCACUUUAUGAAGGAGUAUUUCCGUUCACCUUUUUAAUAUGGUAAGCAUAAGAAGGCAACCAGAAACCUACAGUAGUUUCAUAUAGUCUUGUUUUACUUACAGAAAAGUAGUCUGUGACCAGGGCAUCUUUGUUUUAUGGAACUCAUGAAAAGGGACAAAUCACUCUUUACCGAAAUUAAUUAUAAAAAUGUUAUCUUAUUAACUGGAAGUCAUAGAUGUGAAGAAGUGAGAAGAUACAAUUUAAUAAUAGUUCAUCAUUUUGUGUGCAGAAUCCUGAACUGUGUCUUCUUUUGAACUGUAACUGAGCUCCUGCAUCCCUGCUGGCUCUUCACACUUGAACUAUAAAUGCUGUAAAAAGUGGAGGCUCUUGAUACUGUUCUACUUUGCACUUUCUUAAUCGUUUUAUAUAUGUUGCUUACAUUUUGUACAGCUGUGGCCCUCGACUGCUAUACAUUACAAAUUGAUUUUAAAAGUAUUUAUAGAUUUCUAUUCAUAAUAUUUGUGUUGUGUAUAUGAUGGUUAAGAAGAAAUUAUUUGGUAUUGUCACUGUACAGAAAGUAAAAUUUUUUUACAAUGCUUCUCUUCAACAUACUAGCUUGCAAUUUCAGGGCAAGGUUCUUCUUUAUGGCAUGUAUGUGUGUAUUUCUUUUUUGCAGUUCAAACAGAUUUUGGCAAAAAUAAAUCAUGGUUAUUUACUCAUUAACUAAACCAUCCUUUCUCCUUGGGACCAACUUCAGUCUCCCCACAUGUAACUUUCUCUGGCCAGUCCAGAACACUGCCAGCUCAUCUUCCAAGAACACCGUGGGGAAAGGGAAAAUCUAGUGUAUAAAGCUGACUGUACCUAGUUGUGCGUGGAACUAAAACAGUUACUAAAAGGAAUGAGGAAACAACUUUUCUAAAACAGAAAAUUAUUUUUUUAAAGACACAUACAGUUGGUUUAUGACAACAGAAACAACUUCUCAUAUAAUAUUUUUCAAUUACUCUGUCCUAGAACCACAUUACUGAUUUUUCAGUGUUUAAAGUUGAUCACUAUUAGAUAGCCUUUAGUCAGCCCAUCAGCAUCACAAAAGUUAAAUACAUGUGAGAAAGUUAUUUGCACUUGAGUCUGUCAGGAGGUUGUACAAUUUUUUUUUUUUUAGAAACCAUGAAUGUAUUUAUAUGAAAUGUAUUUUAUCUAGAGUGCAGGUAUCUUCUGUGUCUUGGUUGACUAAGGACUGCUAUUUUCAAUAUAUGUAUACACACAUAAACAAUGUUAACAUUUCAAAAGUGGAAUACAGUUUAAAUGGUUCAACAAGUUUGUGUUCUGAAAUAUCUUAA